UUUCUUACAUUAUUAAGCUAGCUAAAAAAAUACCUAUAUAUAUAUUUACAGUGAAACAACAGUACUAUUUUACCAUUUCUUAUUCCCAAUAAAUAUUGUCGGCAAAUUUACAUUAACGAAUGAGGAACGACUGAUUAAGUCAUGAGAAUGCGGUAGCUGAAGCCUAAAAGCUAGAGAACAAAAAUAUCAAUGUCGGAAUCAAUGUCAGGUGACCACAAAAUUUUAUUAAAAGGCCAUUCCUCCCAAUACUUGAAACUAAAUGUUGGAGGUCAUUUAUAUUAUACCACAAUUGGGACACUUACAAAAAAUAAUGACACAAUGCUAAGCGCAAUGUUUAGUGGCAGAAUGGAAGUACUGACUGAUUCGGAAGGAUGGAUUUUAAUCGACCGCUGUGGAAAUCAUUUUGGUAUUAUUCUUAAUUUUUUAAGAGAUGGUACUGUUCCGUUACCCGAAACUAACAGGGAAAUUGCUGAAUUGCUUGCCGAAGCCAAAUACUACUGCAUUACCGAGUUAGCUAUUUCUUGUGAACGAGCGCUAUAUGCGCAUCAGGAGCCAAAGCCAAUUUGUCGCAUUCCACUUAUAACCUCACAAAAAGAAGAGCAACAUUUAUUAAGCGUUUCUUCAAAGCCGGCUGUCAUUCUUGUGGUACAGCGGCAGAAUAACAAGUAUUCAUACACAAGUACAUCAGAUGACAACUUAUUAAAAAAUAUUGAACUAUUUGAUAAGCUUUCUUUGCGCUUUAAUGAACGAAUUUUGUUCAUUAAAGACGUAAUUGGGCCUAGUGAAAUCUGUUGCUGGUCAUUUUACGGACACGGCAAAAAAGUGGCUGAAGUAUGUUGCACUUCAAUAGUUUAUGCGACUGACAGAAAGCAUACCAAAGUUGAAUUUCCGGAAGCUCGUAUAUAUGAAGAAACGCUACAAGUCUUGCUUUAUGAAAACCGCAAUGCACCAGACCAAGAACUCAUGCAGGCAACGUCUUCAGCUCGAGUUGGAAGUGCUAGUGGAACCAGCAUUAAUCAGUAUACAAGCGAUGAGGAAGAAGAACGCACAGGAUUGGCGCGAUUACGAUCUAACAAGCGUAAUAAUCCUUCCUGAUUAAUAAAAAGUAAUUACAUAUAAUUAAUAUAGUUUUUAUAAAUGACUAAAGAAUAUAUAUGUUUGUUUUUUUUUAUUUAAUAAAACUCACAAUUUCUGCGUUGUAUUAA